AUGACCGUGCCGCUGGCCUGUUGCGUGUACGUGGGUACGACGAUGGAGUGCCAGUACUCCGCGGCCUGUCACGCGCUCUCCGGUCGGCUGGCGGCCGUCAACCGGCGGUCCGGGUCGUGGGCCGCGGCCCGGUCGCUGGCCGCGGCCGCCGAGGCCCACGGCCGACUCGCGCGCCUCGCGCGGCUGUUCAACGGCGAGUACGGCGCGCCCAUAUUCCUGACCACCGUGAACCUGCUCCUGAACCAGAUAUACGCCAUGAACGACGUCGUGUCCGUGUUCGUGGCCGGCGAGACUUUCGAGCCCGCGUACGUCGAGUUCACGUACGCGCACAACGCGAUCGUCUGGACGGUAUCGUGGUUGCGGCUGUGGUGGAUCUGUUACCGGGUGGACGGUCUCACCGGACAGGUGAGCGGCGCCUGUGACCCCCGCGAAUUUACCCGCGAUAGCCGGACGACUGCGGCUCGCGUGCAAGGGUUUCGGGCGGCGAACCUUGUGGAACUGUAACCGUCGCGGUGCGCGCGCGUGCAGUUGCGACUUAAAUAUCCUUGACCGUAUCCACCCGUAUUUGGAAUCGGAUCCGGCAAACCACAAUUGUCCGGGAAAUAAUCAGACGGGUUGUACGAACCCGGGAAUUUUCAGUAAUCGUACGGAUAAGUUUACACAGAAGUUAACGGCGGACUGUAAAAAUCGGGAAUACAAUAACACGCAUACUGUAAUGUCCGGCACAUUACAAUGUGCGAAUAUUUUUAUUCCGGAUUUUCGCGGUCCGGAACAUUCUGGUGUGAGCGUUUUUUUUUUUUUCCGGCCGACUACAGUCCGGACAUUUACAGUGUAUCGUAUUCCGGAUUUUUACAGUCUGCCCGUUUCUCUUCAGUAAAUUUACAAUCCGGAAUUUCACAGUCCGUACGAUUAUUUUCGGGGAUUUUCUAACCGUCCGUCAAAUUCGAAUAUUCCAAAUUUUUUUUUUUGUGUCGACAUUUUCCCGAGUCACGGCCGUCUAGAAUUCGUAAAAUACGAUUUAUUCUCGAUUUUUCGAAAUCGUGUUUACCCAUAGAUAUUUUUGUCGGUUUAUCGUUCAAAAAAACUCCACCCAGUUCGUUCAGUAUUGACGUGAAUUCCAUUGAUUCGGCUUAACCAUAAAUCUCGAUCGGUUGUACAAAUUAAAAAAAUAAAAUAAAUACACCCUUGACGUUAAAACAAUUUCUCGAUUACCGUUUAUUACUAUACGUGUCCCGCAAAACGGAACAUACCGAUCGUCCUAUUAAUGGUUGAUGUUAGAUUGACGUUUUCUAUAACCCAUGUAGGUUCACUUGACGGCGAAAAUUAUGCUUGAAAAAGACAUCAACGCGUAUCCAGGGAAUACAAGACAAUUGGUAACAAUUAUUCACGAACGAACAAUGUUUUACUAUAGCCGAUGGUCUGAAACGUUAUUUUGUAUUUGCAUUUAGGUUGUUUUUUUUGUUUUUUUCUAUAGAAAACCAGUUAGAUGUUACACCCGUUUUAUUUUUCAGUGCACGCUUUGAUCGUAGGCUAUUUUCGGCUUUUAUUUAACAACAUUGUUUAUUUUUGUUACAAUCCGUAUUAGCCAACACAAACUUUUCGUUCCGCCAUAAUAACUGACAUAGUUUUCAGCACGAGUAUUGAGAUUGAUAUUUCGAUAUUUUUAUCAGUCACAAUGCGUCAGCAUUUUUCGGUUUUUUUUUUUUUUUAAAUGUUUAAAACGCCUGCGGUGAUAAGAUAAUAUUCAUUCAGCUUAUAAAUUCCGAAUCGGCAAUCGUUUAGUUUAUUCGCCGCACUUGCUGAUAUUUUAAUUCGCAACAUUUUAUAGAUUUAUGUAAAAAGCAUCCGAAUAAUUAUAUUGCACCAUUUUGUAAUUUCAGAUUAAUCUGAUCGAUUUUUUUUUUAGGCGUUUGAUUUUUUAGACCAAUUGCUUCAUCGUCACAUCAGAAUAACUGCGUGGGGAUUCUAUGACGUUAAUAAGGAAUUACUAUUCAUGGUAAUAACAAUUGUAUUAAUUAAUAAUUUUGAAAUUUGGCAUUUUGGAUAGCAAUCGUUUGAAUAUUUAUUAUUUAUGUCGAAGGUGUUGGGAUAUCAGUGCGGUUUGUGUUUGAUAUGUACUCAAUUCACGACGUCAGGCAUACAAUUGAUCAAUAGUCUUACGACCAUUCAAAAGAAUUACACUUCUCAAUCUUCACAGUGA